GCCGCAAGGCCAAGACGCCAGAACCUAAAGCAUCGCGUGAGGAAGUCCAGACACGAGGUACGGCCUGGGAGCAGAAACGUGACCAGAUGCUGCUGGCAGCAGUCAGGGUCGUGAGCCACGGGGGUACGCAGGGGUCUGGCUUUGUGGUAUCCUCCUCCCAGAAUGGGACUUUUGUCCUGACCAAUCAUCAUGUGAUCAGAGACAGCAUCCAGCAGAGUGAUCGCUGGGAUCCCAUUGCCCAGUCGUCCAAGAAGGUGGAUCGUUUCAUGCCUGUCAAAGUGGAAAGCUUCGAUUACGACGAGCGAGGGCGGCAUGUACGUACGGUGCAAACUGCCGCGGACAUCGUGGCCUAUUCCAUGUACGGAGACAAGUGGACUUUCGAGGGCGACUUGGCCUUGGUGAAGCUGAAAGCUCCAAUCAGCAACCCUGCAGCGCUGGUCAUCGCUGCGGACGACUUCGAUGAGGUGCGUGCACUGGACGAAAUCAUCAUGUUCGGCUGUCCUGACGCAUCUGAGCUGCCGCUGCCUUCGACUGGUCAUGUGGCAUCGCUGUCCGAAGAGCGGGCUGGUAUCGGGCUGAUGCUCUCUCAGGUGUUUGGGAAUCCUGGCAGUUCUGGAAGUGCUGUCUUUCGCUACUCCGAGAGGAGGUCAAGAUACGAGGUUGUAGCAAUUCAUUCGCUGACUGACUCGCGUGGGAGCCUGACGGAUGUUGGCAGAGGCUGCUUCUUGCGUCUGGCCAUCCAAGCGCCCGAAAUUCACAAGUUUCUGAGGCUGCACAAGAUGGAGCAUCUUGUUGGGCUGGAGACUGGCCAAAGCAAUGAAAGCCAGGUCCAGUCCGCGAGCUGA